AAUAGAUUUUAUUUAAAUGUUCAUGAGCCAACAAUUAUAUAUAUACAUAUAGAUUUCAAAUUAGGUCCACGAGGCUACUAUCGUCAUUUUGAAAUCUAAAUUCUCAUCAUCCCCAAAAUCUAGCACUUCACUUGCAAAGUAGCUUUUCUUCUCAUCUUCUCCAACUCAGUCCUCUCCCCAAUGGCCCAUUCUGGAUCUUGCCCGUCAAAACCACAAUUUCGCUGCAAAUCUUAGCUGCGCGAAAACCAGAAGAUGAUUCAAGACGCCAUAAAGCUUUUCUGCCAUGGAGAUUCGUAACAAGUUCGCUAUUGCCUUCUCUGUGCUCCUCCUCAUAGCCGCAGCUCUCACAGAAGUAGAAGCGCAGCAGGGAAAAGAUGGGCCGUUUGUGGGGGUUAACAUCGGCACCGACGUGUCGAAUCUACCCUCGCCGGCGGACUUGGUCGCCUUCCUCCAGCUGCAGAAGAUAACCCACGUCAGGCUCUACGAUACCGACGCUCAGAUUCUUAAAGCCCUCGCCGGGACCAAAAUCCGGGUCACCGUCAGCGUGCCCAACAACCAGCUCCUCGCCAUCGGCUCCUCCAACGCCACCGCCGCCGCCUGGAUCGGCCGCAACGUGGCGGCGUACUACCCCAACACCCUCAUCACCGCCGUGGCCGUCGGCGACGAGGUCCUCACCACCGUCCCCUCCUCCGCCCCUCUGCUCAUUCCGGCCAUCGAGUCCCUCCACGCCGCCCUCGUGGCCGCGAAUCUGCACGGCCAGAUCAAAGUCUCCACCCCAAACUCCGCCUCCAUCAUCCUAGACCCCUUCCCACCCUCCCAGGCCUUCUUCAACCAAACCCUAACCCCCAUCAUAACUCAAUUGCUCCAGUUCCUGUCCAGAACACAGUCGCCAUUGAUGAUGAACCUAUACCCUUACUACGUCUUCAUGCAGAACAAAGGGGUCGUCCCUCUGGACAACUCCCUCUUCAAACCCUUAACCCCUUCCAAAGAAAUGGUCGACCCCAAUACCCUGCUCCACUACACGAACGUCAUGGAUGCCAUGAUUGACUCAGCAUAUUUCUCCAUGAAAAAUCUCAACUUCACCGACAUUGUUGUUCUUGUUUCUGAAACUGGUUGGCCUUCAAGGGGCGACUCUAAAGAGCCUUACGCCACAAUCAAUAAUGCCGACACUUACAAUUCGAAUCUGAUCAAGCACGUGCUCGACAGAACCGGGACCCCUCUGCAUCCAGAGGUCACGUCUAGCGUUUACAUAUACGAGCUGUUUAACGAGGACCUGAGGUACCCGCCAGUCUCCGAAGCCAACUGGGGUCUUUUUUACUCCAACUCGACUCCCGUUUAUUUGCUUCACAUCUCUGGAAGUGGCGGUUUUCUGGCGAACGACACUACAAAUCGGACAUAUUGUGUGGCGGCGGAUGGAGUGGAUGGGCGGACUUUGCAGGCCGCGCUGGAUUGGGCUUGUGGGCCCGGGAGAGCGAAUUGUUCGGAAAUUCAGCCUGGGGAAAGUUGUUACCAGCCGAAUGAUGUGGGGAAUCAUGCUUCAUAUGCGUUCGAUAGUUAUUAUCAGAAGGAAGGGAAGAAUCCUGGGUCGUGCGACUUCAAGGGUGCGGCCAUGAUCACGACUACCGAUCCUAGUCACGGGGACUGCAUAUUUCCUGGAAGAUCGACAAAAAUCACUCCGAAGUUUCAUGUCAAUGCUGUCCAGCCCAUUCAAGAGCCCGAAAUCAUUCGGGAGCCCGCCCAAUGGCCAGAAUAUAAAACUGGGUCUGGGUUUAAGGUGCUCUGGAAGGCCAUCAAGGCUUUUCUUGACGCACGGACACUAGAAAAGAUUCAAGUUUUGGGAAUUGACUACAAAAGUAGCCUAAUCGAGGCUAUAGACUCGAGUGACCUGCCGAGUUUCUUGGGUGGUGAAUGCAUGUGUUCUGAAUUUGGGGGUUGCCUUUUUAGCGAUAAAGGGCCGUGGAAUGAUCUUGAAAAUACUAAAACGCUUAAGGGAAUGCUUUUUACGGAUGAGCAUAAAGGUGCAUAUAAUGUAAAUUCGGUAGUAGAAGAGCCUUUGUCGGAAAAGAUUAAAGUCUUGGACCUUGUGGUCGGAGAAUGUGAAAGAAGAAAUGAGGAUGCUGGAAAUGGCACUUGA